UUUCCCACCUUCGUCCAGUGAAUUUCAGAGGAAUGUUCUGACUCUCAGUAUACUGAGCGUCCUGGAUCCACUGUGGGAGAUUUCCGUGAAAUCACUCAGAAUUUUAUUAUCUAGCUGACUUAAUAGAGUUGGAUUAGACCCAAUAGCCAUGUUGAGGAAAGACAGAGAGUAAGUACAAUACAACCUGUCAUAAAAAGAUUUGGGGCUUUAAAGGAGACAAAAACAACUGUUUGUGUGCUUGUGUGCAUAUUGUCAUCAUAUUGUAACCUGUGUGUGAAAUCAGUCAUUUGCCCUGCAAGGAAUGCAGCUGCAGGUCUUAUCUUAACUAAUGAGCAGAUAUGGUCGGUUCAUUCUUUUUCCAGUCAGUUUGAGUUCAUGUGUGUUCCUGUUUUCAUGCCACAAAGAUGUGAAACAAUAUUGCUGCUCUGCUUUGGCACACCGUACUAUGCUGAGUAAACAGAGGCAGACUGAGCCGUGGUGUUUUUCUCCAUCAGGUCUGCCUCUCUCACAUUAGCAAACCUAUCUGGCUCCUUGGUGGACUGAACAAACAGUAGCGCUUUCACUGCAACGCACACUUUGCAGUUUCCAUGUUAUACAAGGACAAGCUGCCGUCUGACGGACAUUUUUUUUCAUGAAGAGGAUGGGUCAGUUCAGGUGUGUCCUUGCUUAACCAUUAAACCCUCUUUCCAAUAACAUUCUUCUGCUGACUUCCUCAAAUUACUGAUCACUGGGAGUUUCACUUGAGCUUUUGAAACAUUUCAUUUUCUUGAUUCCUGUUCUCUGGGGAAAUGUUGGAAAAGAUCUUAUUCCUGCUCUGUUUAUCCCCUGCUUUGGCAGAAGACCUUUGUAAGCCAGGCGCUUCAGAUGCCUACGAAGUUCGACUCAGCAUCAAAAGUGCACUGGGAGAGCAAGCUUAUGAUUGGGAUCAAAAUGAGAUGUUCCUUUUCCAAGCAACCCUGGCUUUUGCCAUGAGGAAUCAGUUCAGCGGCCAGAACUUUAGUGUGUCAAACAUCAUUGUGUGUGAUGAGACUCCCAGAGUGUCGUUCUGGUUUGUGGUCACGUCACCGCAGAACUCCUCACGCCUUGUUAGCAAAGGAGAUGUGGAGCAGGCUAUAAGAAAGUCCAGGAAUCGCAUCAACAGUGCCUUUCUGCUAACUGAUAAAACUCUAGAGUUUAUCGGCAUCAUCCCCACCCUGGCAGCACCAGUCAACCCCAAUACGCCUCCAUGGCUCAUUGUGUUUGGGGUGGUCAUGGGUGCUGUUGGUGCUGGUAUCAUCGUUCUUCUGGUUUCCUCUGUGCUCCAAAAGAAACGCAAAAAGAAUGAGAAAAUGCAUCCUGAGGACAGUGAAGAAAAUACGCGGGUAAAAACGAUGGAAAAUGGCACUGUGAGUGAGGGUGUUUACAACAUGUCAUUCUCAGAAGAUGAGCGAUUCACACAGAUGUAAAACACUUCAGUGAAAACUCUCCCAUAGAUGCAAUCAACUGGGAAAAAUGUUAGAAAGCUGCUCCAGGGACACUUGUUGCACUGUAACAUUUAAUCUGCAUAAUCAUUUUUAAGCUGUUCAAGUUUGUUUUUUCAAUGAUGUCAUGCAUUUUCAUGAUUUUUUGACGAGCACAUUUCCAGGCUUAAAUGUGUACAUUUUCUGUGUGAGAGGGCUUGUGCGUGGAUAAAAUGCAAAAGUCAAUGUUUGUGAUCUUUGAAAGGAAAUCUGGUGACUGUGCUAAUCAUUUAUUUUAAUGUAUGUAGAUAAAAUGGGUCUCUUGAUACAAGAAACUGGUUUUAUGUGGACGAGGGCUCAUUGCCCGCUCACUACAGCCAGCCGUCUAUGCAGAACUGCAAUUUAAGGCAAAAAUGCUACAUUAAUAAGCCAUUUCACAUCUUUUCAAACAAAUCAAGUAUAUUUAUAUUUUUCUAAUGGUGAACAGAUGCUACGCUACAGACUCUUUGUUUAUUAAAUUUGAUCAGUAUUUUCCUUUCCAGCCUUUGAUUGAUUUUGGUGUGAUCAAAUCAAAAUAAGAGCCCAGAGGUGAUGUCUGCUGCUAGAUGCUAAAUUUCUGCUACUGUCUUGUUUGCUGCCUCAGUAGCUGUUACAGUACUGUAGUAGUAUCCCCAAAUUAAAUGCUUUUUAAACCAACAGUACUCCAGCAGGAUGGCUGAGCACAUUUAUAUGAGUUGUUAUGACUGUCAGAGCAGUACAACAUCCAACUUGUACACAAUAAUUCAUGUAAUGCAUGUAAUGAAAUUUGGUCUUCAUGUGUGAUGAUGAAUGUCUGAUUUUAUGGUUACCUAUAUGGGGAAAUUUCUGAUAAUUGUAUUGAAUCAAAAUGCUCACAUGACCCUUUAUUUGCUCAGUAUUGGUACAAUGUUUCAAGAUUAUGUCCAAACUGUUGUGUGACUGUGGUCAGUUCAAAUGUGAUAUUUAACUAUACCGCCUCCUGCAGGCCAUUUUGAGUAAGGGAAUAACACUCUAUGUUCACUAUCUUUUAACUUUUUGUCCCAUUAUAGAACUGACCCAAUACAUAAGCCCAUUAUGAGCCUGCUUACAGCCCCUGUGGCCAUCAGGGGGCACCCAAGAGCAUCUAAAAUGUGCCACAAAUGAGCUUGAAAUAUAUGGUGUUUCAAUACUAGGCCCAUUACAUUACAUCAGCAGUAAUCAUACAAAAUUUCUAAACUUUUCCCUAACUGAAAAACUUACUAAAUGCAGCAAUUUUUGAAGGGAGUCUUUUUAAGUGUGGUUAUUGCAGCUGAUGAGUGAGAAUUUAAUAUACAUAAUUUUUCUCUCUCUCUUAUCAGCUAUGUCCACACCUUCAGCCUAAUAAUUAUGUGUGCUGCUUCUGCAUUAUAUAGUUUGUGCCCCUAUGUGUGAUUACUGUUACGUGAGGAUGUUUCUGCAACUUCUGGUUUAAGGUCUGAUGGCAUAAUUCUUAAUCAACAUCUAUUUGUUGAAGGUACAUUUGCUACAAAUGUGGGCUUUGUGUAUUAAUACAAGGAUUAUGGCCACUUUAUUGAUUGUAGGGAUUUUCUUCCCACAGUGUAGUAGUACAAUAUAAAAGUUGACAUGUUGCUCUCAUACACCAAAUAAUAGUCUCAUAGGUGUGUGUGUGUGGGGGGGGCAUGCAUUCCUGUAGCUGUGGGGACAACCUGUUUAUCAA